UGAUUAUGAUUGUUAUUAUUAUGUAGAUUGUUACGGCAUUUUGGGUCUCCGGCCUCUGAGUGCCCAAAACCGAUACGUUGGCGGUUGUAGUCUGAAUCCUUGUCUGGUCAUAUGACUACAGUCUACAGGGAACCCGGAAAUGUUUAAAAACACUGCAUGACUGGCGCUAUCAUGUAGGUUAGACUGCGUACAUUUGUUAUUUCCGACCAUAAUAUCAGGUGAAGUGAAGUGAACUGAUCUGAUCUGGUGAAAAAAGAAAACCAUUAUCUAUCUCGCGUUUGUUAUAGGCUAGCCUACUGAGUGCCGAAGUUAGGGAAGUGACAUGCAGGUGUUGAAGGUGAUGCACCUGGAAGUUUGUCUCAAGAUUCAUCGUUAACCAGCAGCUAUGAGACUGACUAUCCUAUUUGUUCUCUGUAUCGGCGCUUCAGCAACCAGCGGAGACCAAGAUGAUUGUGUGGCCCGUAACUUUGGCCACGGAUCGGUGGUGUGUGAAUGCAAUGCCUCACAUUGCGAUUCGGUGGGGUCCCCGCACCUACCCCGAGUGGGGCAAUUCAUGAGCUUCCUGAGCAGCAAAGAAGGCAGGAGACUGGCGAGGGGUCAGGGGCAGGUGCUAAAGAACAGCACUGGGGCAGCUCUGAGACUCACCAUCGUUCCCUAUCAGAAGUACCAGAAGAUCAAGGGCUUUGGAGGAGCUAUGACUGAUGCAGCUGCCAUCAACAUACUGUCCCUGUCAGGUGGCACCCAGAACCAGCUGCUGAGACAGUACUUCGCUCCUGAAGGCAUUGGGUACAGUGUGGUGCGAGUUCCCAUGGCGAGUUGUGAUUUCUCCACGCGUCUCUACACGUACGCUGACACCCCAGGGGACUACGGCCUGAACAACUUCACUCUGUCUGCAGAGGACAUAAACAUGAAGGAACAUUGGAAAUGGGCAUUAAUGGCCUCAGAACAAAUCUCAAAUUUGCCAAAGAUCCCACUGAUCCAGAAGGCCCAGGCAAUGUCCCCUAAACCCCUGUCUCUGCUGGCCAGUGCUUGGAGCGCCCCUGCCUGGAUGAAGACUAAUGGUGCACUCACUGGCAAGGGAACCCUGAAGGGGCAGCCAGGAGGGAAAGAGUAUAAGACCUGGGCUCAGUACUAUGUCAGGUUCCUUGAGGAGUAUGGGAAGUUUAAUCUGUCCUUCUGGGCAGUGACCACAGGCAACGAGCCCACAGCGGGUGAGAUGACCAAUUACAGCUUCCAGGCCCUGGGAUUCAGGCCUGAAACACAACGUGAUUGGGUGGCCAUGGAUCUGGGUCCCGCCCUUCAUGCUUCACUGUUUCCUGAAACUCAGAUUAUUAUACUGGAUGACCAAAGACUUCUUCUGCCUCACUGGGCUAAAGUGGUCCUGAGUGACGUUCACGCUGCCCGCUACAUCCAUGGCAUCGGGGUGCACUGGUACAUGGAUGGGUUGGCACCAGCCGAACUCACCCUGGGCACCACACAUCACCUCUUCCCGGAGUACUUCCUGUUUGGGACGGAGGCCUGUGCUGGAUUUAGCCCGCUGGACCGUGGCGUGAAGCUAGGCAGCUGGGAGAGAGCGGAGGAGUACGCCCACGACAUCAUAGAGGAUUUAAAUCACUAUGUCACCGGCUGGACGGACUGGAACUUGGCUCUGGAUCUGGGUGGAGGACCCAACUGGGUCAAGAACUUCGUGGACAGUCCCGUCAUUGUGGAUUCGGAGAAAGACGUGUUCUACAAGCAGCCCAUGUUCUACAGCAUGAGCCACUUCAGCAAGUUCUUGUGGGAGGGGUCUCAACGGCUGGGUGUGUCGUACAGCAAGCCCUCUACACUGGAGAGCUCUGUCUUCAUGCGUUUGGAUGGUGCAGUAGUCAUCGUAGUUCUUAACAGGUUUGAGGAGCACAUUCCAUUUGAAAUCUGGGACCCAGCGGUUGGCUUUAUCCCCAUCGAUGCUCCGGCUCACUCAAUACUAACGGUUGUCUGGGCAACACAGUGACCAUGACGGUGCUGCUUCAACCACAGAAAGCAAGAUCAAUCAAAAUCAAUCGAAAAUAAUGAUUCCUGGGGAAAAUGACUAGCACACAUUCACUUUUAAUUCAGCAACUUUUAAAUGACUUUUUACCUCCACAUCAAAUAUUAUGAGCACGAGUUUUCAUCUAAUGCUUUAAGACAAUGGCAACAAGGGGAAAGCCAAGUGAUCUCCGAGUUCCCCUGAGCCGUGGACGGACUGUGUACGGCCUAAACACUUGGAUGGAAAGCAGCUCGGAAGCCCUAACAAGUCAAGAUCAAAGACGAGAACUGAGAAAUAAGCAUAAUACAUUUCAAUUAAUGCGAGUAACUCUGAUGUACUGCUUGAAUAAAAGUACCUAUAAAACCAA